AUGACAAUUAAUUAUUGUUACAGUGGCGUGGCGGUGCUGAGUCCGGCGGAGAGUGGCGGGUGCAGCAGCAGCGAUAUCACCGAGCCAGGCUCGCCACGUAGUCCCGAAUCGUCGGGCGAGGAGGGCGCGAACGCGCGUAUGCCUCCCUGGGCGAGCGAGCCGGCGCCGGGCCCGAGGCGCCUCGCGGCCCAACCAGCGCCACUGCGCCGCCCGAACCAUCCUAGCCACCGCCGCAUCACCGAAUACUUUAACCACAAAAUGAAGCCCCAUAAUGGCCUCAAACGCGAUGUGGUCUUAUCCAACGAUGACAAGAAGAAGUGCUUACCGAAAAACGGGGUCACUCACGAUCUCGAAAAGUACAUCUCCUACUUAUCCCAAACCCUUAGCCCCAAAGUAUUAUUAGAUGUUGGAAAACAAGCUGAUAUACGGAAGCCAAUCAGUCAACCUGCCAAUAGUACUGUAGACACCACUAGUAAGGACAUAGAUCUCAGUAGAACAGCCGGUCAAGCAAGAGGUGUACUUGAUUACUGUAUACCUAAAGAUAAUAAAGAGAGGAUGCACACAACAAUGAAUGGCUUUGUUGACAUUCGACAGGCAAAAGAAUCAAAGAACAAAGACAUAGUUACAACGGGGCUUCAUAAUGGCAUGGUUGAUAGCAAGAAACCCAGCUUCGAAAUGAAGUCAUCUAAGGAUCCAUCUGCCAAUGGAAUUUUGAAUGCAAGUAAACAGAAGUCAUGUGCUGUUAAACGUAAAAUUUCUAUUCCGGCCGCUAAUGACUUGUUAGGAAUUAGAAUAGCACCGGCCACAUCUGAUUGCCAGUAUCCAAAAAAGAUUACUGCCUCAAAAGCUGACAAUGCAAAGAUGAAUGGAGUGGUGAGCUCGACCACUAAAUUAGACAAUGUAAUGAACGGGGUCACGCGUGGUUCGAACAAUUUAAACUUAAACGUCACGCCUAAACUCACAACGUCGAAGAAAGAGCCGAUAAAGAAGAUCGCAUCCUCGCAAAAAAGAACUAAUCGAAAAUCUUCAGCAUGUAUUGCGAACAGUAAGAAUUUAACAUGGUCCAAAGCGAACAAUUUGAAGCAAGUACAGCUCCAAAAACAAAAUUGUUCCAAUUCAGUACAAAGCGCUCCGGUGAAAAGCAUUCCAAGCGAAGCGAACGCUGCACCAAAGAUGAAUAUUCCAAAUGGCGUUCGACAAGUUUCUAUGGCAGUAAAUAACAGCUUAGGCAAUUUGAACGUACCUGUUACCAAUUUUCAAAAUUGUCAUCCAAUUAAUCUUCAACACCCGCAAUCAUGCAACGGCACGGUGACAUCCACAAACUUGGCAUCCUUUGUGGCAGUGCCUCAUAAUGUUAUGCUUACUACGCUAAGGAUACCACCGAACGGUAUACCUGCUCAGACAUUAAAUCAACAAAACGGUAUGACUUCCUUCAAUCGACCAAACGUCAACAUGUCAUCGAGUCCGACAAAACUUAACGGCCAGUUUGUAUUUCCCUUUGUACAGAAUAUAAACGGCACUGUCGUUCAAAUACCUAACCUCAUGGCUAAAAUGUCGAACUUCGUAUUGCCUCAAACUGCACAGCUGACGGCUCAAAGGCAAGAUCAUAUGCCUAAUCAACAGGGGGCUCAGAUUCUUAUUAAUGGAACACUUUUAAAAUUAACCAAUACUAUGACGUCUCCAUAUCCUAAUGUUAACAAAGCGUCCUCAGUUACAAGUCAGUCAAUGCCAGGUAUGAAUAAAAAUGUAUCAGGACUGCAAGCUGUUGGAAUGACAGUUCAGCCGAAAACAAAUUACACAGUUAAUUUAAGCCAUCCCGUAUUAGUGCCACAACCCGGAUUCAUUGUUACGUCAGUCCCAAAUCUUAACGUUAAGGAAACUUGGAGCUGUUCAAGUACAAAUCCAGCAUCGUCUUCUCAAACGACAUGUUUGAAUCCCCUUGUUCAUCAUCCGCCGCCAUUGGUGCCUAAUUUCACAACGCAAGCUCUGCACUCGAGUAGUAUACCAAUUCCUCCAGUGAAACCACCCGACAAUCCGAUCCAAGGAACAGACCCACCUAGCAGUACAGUAAAAGAGCCCGAAUUUAUUGAAGGUAAUAAUCAAAAAUGUGAUAUUCCCUGGCUGUCAAAAACUGUAAAUAAUAAUUUUGUUUCAUUGGAUUCGAACAAAUUAACUUCGAGGCCUUUUGCUCAAGUGAGUAGUUUGUCUGAGAAAUUAGAGGAAUUGGCACAAAACAAAAUUUGCGGAAUGAGUGGAGAAAAUAAACUUAUCGAGGAAGAAGCAUCUAAGUCAAGAAAAUUAAUGACGUUAGAAGAAAAAAGAAAGGUAGACGAAGUAGCGAGAAGAGAAGAGACAAUAUUUACACAAAUAACAGUUCUGAAGGAUGUUACGUCAAACGUAGAAAGCUCUGUUAUAGAAGCCAACUUCUGCAGUGCAACAACGGAGUCGUCAGAAUCAGGAAUAGGCACCGACAAGUCGAUAGACUCGCCUAGUGACUCGCAAACGAGUAAGGAAUGUGACGACGAUUCAUCUUUAUCGUUAAGUAUUAGUGUUUGUUCAUUGGAUGUGCAGACUAGUCAGAAAAGUCCGAUUUUAAAGCAGCCGAAAACGUUACGAUUUCCGCCCAAGAGUAAUAUUAAACCGCAGAACGGAAAACGGACUUCUAGCACAGAUACUACAGUCACCGUCUGCCUGUGGCAGAAUUGCAAGAGGGAAUUCGAAAGUGAUACUGAUCUUUUAGAACAUUUACAGUCGGUCCACGUUGAAUCGCAAGCGGGACAAGAAAACUACGUAUGCCAAUGGGAGCAGUGCAAAGUACGCGGCAAACCGUCGUGCUCCAGGCUAUGGUUGGAGCGGCACGCACUCUCCCACGGCGGCAACAAACCCUUCAAAUGCAUCGUCGAUGGCUGCGAUCGGAGAUUUUCCACACAGACUCUGCUGGAGAGGCACGUCAAUAACCAUUUCAACGAGGCGUCUCCCAACAGCAGCGGAAGCAAGAAAACGGCUGACAGCUCAGCAAAACUCAUAAGACGGAAUGGCAAGAAGUUGCGGUAUAGGCGACAACCAUGGUCGGCGCGCAUGUUCGACUUCUUCGACACGGGCAUCAUGGAGGGUCUCGCUUGGCGGCUGUCGCGCAGCACUCGCUGGCGGCUGGGCGGCGCGUGUCCGCUGCGCGAGCCGCCGGGCCGCCACACGCUCACGCUGCACGCGUCGCUCGCCGCCACGCGCUACAACGCGGCCGCCGCCCGCACCGAGGCGCUGCUCACCUACUACCCGCCGCAUGUGAUCGAAGACGAAUGGGUCCCGGAGAAGGAAGUAAAGAUGGUGAAACGGGUGGAGAUUGGCCAGUUGCCCGUCCACACGAAGGUGUUGCUGUACGAGCAGUUCUGCAACUCGUACCGCAAGAGCCCGUCGCCCCCGCCGGCCCCCGCCGCCCCCGCGCCCCCCGCUGCCCCCGCCGCCCCCGCUGCGCCCACGAGCCCGCAGCGCCGGCUGCCCACACGACAAUGCACCUCCUCGCGCCUGCUCAACAACCUCCUGGCGAAGCAGAAGAAGAUGGAAACGCAAAACGACUGCAGCGCCACUAACGUCCCCAUGCUCUUCAAGGACGACGACAAGGAUAGAGUGGAAGUCAGCGGAGCGAAGAAGAGGAAGUUAGGAAGAAGAUACGGCGGAAACUCUUUCUGGCCGUGCGGACGAUAA